AUGCAAUGCAGUGCAGCGAGCAGGUCACACAUGAAGAGUGAACGACUCCACUUCCAGUACCGGGGGCGGCUUGGUCUCGCUAUCGUAAAUCUUGGCGGCACGGCGCUGGUCUGGGUAUACCGGUACACUCCGAGGCGGGGCGAUGGACUUGUCAUAUUCAAAGAAUAG